AACGUACGAAAUCGAUUUCCGUUUUGGUGAAGUAAUAAGCUGCUUAAAGAGUUAAGAGAUUUAGUGCUGCAACGAACAAUCGAUUAACUCGAGAACUUCGUUUAGAAAAAAGCUUCGGAUCAAAUUUUGCUGCUUCGAGGAUUCGUACAAUUAAAGUGGCGUAAUGGUUUGUUUCGAAAGUCUUUGCAUUUAGUCUAGUGGCAACCGUGAAUAUGACACAACUCGUCUAAUGGCUGAAUCAUUCAGUCAUCUGAACCCUGUUAAGGCCAAUAAAAAGUUGUUUUUGUUUGAGCUAACGGUGUAUGUUUUUAUGCAUUCGUAAUUUAGUUUAGAAGUAUAUUUAGAUUUUUUUCUGUUGGAAUAUGUGUUUGGACGAUUUGAUAAGAGCAUUUUAAAAAAUACAAUAUACUUCACUAUCAUUUGAUGGGACACGGGGCGCGGGGCCGAUCCAUAAGGUGCCUGUAUUAAAAAACUUAAAAUUCAAUUAUUUUCAAAACCAAAGCCGCGAGCAACAUAAAACCAAAAGUCUCCAUGGGCAGCGGUAUAAAAAAAAAUUCAAAGUCUUGCCCUAAUACAAGAAAACUUCAAAUUGUUAUAAAAUUCUCAGAUUUUACGCCAGAUGCACAAAAAUUACCAAAUGCAGAGAUAAUCACCCAUAUUUAAGGAUCAAUAGCAAUAUUUAACAUAUAUCACUUUUUGCCCAAAAUUGCAACUUAAUUUUUUUAUUUAGUGCGAUUUUGACUUGUUUUCAACAGCUAAAAAUCAAUCAAUUUUCAUAUCAGAAACUUAAUACUUGAGGAAAGCCUGCAGAAUCAUCUUAAUUUUAUUCAACAUAAGCAAAAUUUGCAUUUUUCAAUAUACAAUUGUAGUAACUACAAAAAUAUGUAAUCAUAUUAAUAUAAAUUGUGGUUUCACAAUCAACAAAAUUCACCCUUAGGUUGAUUUUGUUAUUAAUUGUAUAAUUAAAAGGGAAAAGUAAGUGGAACUUUUGACACCGGAAAUGCUGCCGUCUGGCCUCGUCUUAGAUGUGGACUUCCGCCCAUAUUUCAGACUGAAUUUGGACAGUACGUGAGCAACAUCGUGUCCUCGUUCCUCAUGCACUUUUGUCUGUUCCACAGAAUAAAAAGUACUACGAGGGCAUCCGGGCAGCUGUGGCCCAUGUCAAGGCCCGGGGUGAGAGAGUCACUGUCCUGGACAUUGGAACAGGAACGGGCUUAUUGUCCAUGAUGGCUGUGACUGCUGGAGCUGACUUCUGCUAUGCAGUAGAGGUCUUCAAGCCUAUGGCUGACGCCGCCAAGUGCAUUGUGGAAAAAAAUGGCUUCCAGGACAAAAUCAAGAUUAUCAACAAACAUUCCACUGACAUUAGUGUUGGACUGGGCAAAGACAUGGAAUUGAAGGCCAAUGUUCUUAUUACAGAACUAUUUGAUACGGAGCUCAUUGGUGAAGGGGCUCUGCCUAGUUAUGAACACGCCCACCGGAAUCUUGUUCAGGAAGGCUGUGUGGCAGUCCCUCAUAAGGCCACAGUCUACGCCCAACUGGUGGAUUCAGAGCUGUUAUGGAGCUGGGCUCAGCUGCAGCCAAUAGAGAUGCAGGGUACCCAAUUGUUGCCUCCACCUGCUAUGGGCAAUUGCAGCGGCACUCAUUCAGUGUGUGACAUUCAGCUCAGCCAGAUUUCACCUCAUAGUUUCACCCUUUUGGGUCCAGUCUGCACCAUGUUCAGUGUGGAUUUUAGUAAGCCUGUCAGCAGUGCCCCCCAGUCCUACUCCUCGCAAUUUGUGGCUCAGACCAGUGGUCAGGCUCGGGUGGUUCUCUCUUGGUGGGAUCUAGACAUGGACCCCAGUGGAACCAUUGUCUGUACCAUGGCCCCCAGCUGGACAUACUCAAAUCCUAAGAUGGCACCAUGGAGAGACCACUGGAUGCAGAGUGUCUACUUUCUGCCUGCUCCAUGCAGGAUUGAUAAAGGAGAAGAUCUGAGUCUCACAGUCUGCCACGAUGACUACAGUUUGUGGUACAGCCUCCAAUCAAGCAGCCGACAGCAUUCAAAGGGCAACAUGAUUCUCCCACGACCGUCAUGCACAUGCCAAGCCCACUUGGUUUGGGAUCGACCACGAAUUGGUGAACUUAAUGACAAGGUUCGCACAGAGAGCUACAUCAAUGCACUGCGCAAUUCUUUCCAUCUCUCACUUUAUUGGCGCUCGGGUUGUGGAGACCGGUGCUUCAGCGGGAAGGCCAGAUUUCCCGCUCUCCAGGUUCUGAAGGAAGACAGUGUCUGUCUUGGAGUAAGUGAUGGAAGUCUUCUUCCUGUGUUUGCACAUCUCCUGGGAGCUAAAAAGGUCUUUAGUUUGGAAAACUUCAGCAUGACGAAACAGGUUAUUGAGCAGGUCCUGGAUGCCAACUCACUGAGGGGGCAAGUGGAGCUGCUGGACAUCAGUCCUGAACAGCUUACCAGUAAAGAUUUAGGAGGGGAGCAGAUCUCACUGCUCAUAGGUGAACCAUACUUCAGCACAAGCCUACUACCUUGGCACUCUCUUUUCUUUUGGUACUGCCGCACUGCACUGGCUGGCCUUCUUCGACCCGAUGCCACCAUCCUGCCAUGCUCCGCCACUCUUCAUAUGGUGGCUGUGGAGUUUCAGGAUUUGUGGCGGAUACGUGCUUUGUGUAAUACAUGUGAAGGAUUUGAUGUCACGCCGAUGGAGGAAAUGAUCCAGAAAUCACUGGAUUUCCGGGAGUCUCGCGAGGCGGAACCCCACCCUCUGUGGGAGUAUCCGUGCCGUGCUUUGACUAAGUCUUCUGCUGUUAUGACCUUUGACUUCACUCAAUGUGUCCCUCAACAACCUCUCAUCAGUCAUGGUUCUCUACCAUUCAUUAGGAGCGGUCACUGCCAUGGCUUAGCAGUGUGGUUGGAGUACGAUCUGACUACGGAUGUCUCGGUCAGUGUGGGUUUAACUAAACUGAUCGGUGAUCAGGGCCUCUGUGAGUGGAGUCGGCACAGUAAACAGGGAGUGUAUUUCUUCAGAUCAGGAUGGGAGACCUCAGGCACUGACAGAGAGGCUGUGUUUUACAACUUUGUCUUUGAUCCCAAUUCCGGAAAUGUCGAGAUGGAUUUUGAUGUCAAAUCAAAUUGAUGGAUAUGAAGCAGUUGUCAACAUUUCUUCUCACUUGGCCUUUCCAUUGAUUGACACAUGUUUUCAACACCCAAUUGAGCUUUUUUUCCCCCUCUUUUUUUAAUGGAGAGGGAAAAACUGCUGGGAUCAUUGUAUUGAGGCUGUGAAAACAUUCUCUGCACAGAAACCUUUCAAAGACGCACAAAAUGGCAUCCUUAAUGUUUAUUGACUGAACAACUGAUAAAGAUAAAUAAAUGGGCUGCUAACGUGAUCUGUUAAAAGCUCCAAGGAAA